AUGGUCCAAUUCAAAGUGGAGUGCACAUUGAAAGGAAAUGAAGUUAAAGUGAGUGGAGGUGGACUCAGUGGAACAUAUACAGGACUUCAGUUUCACUUUCACUGGGGUGAUGUAAAAAAUCCAGGCUCAGAGCACACGAUUGAUGAGCACAGAUAUCCAAUGGAGAUGCACAUAGUCACUCAGAAGGAUCAUCUCACUGCCCCUCCAGAGUAUCCAGAUGGAUAUGCUGUACUUGGGUUUUUUAUAAAUGAGUCAGAGCCAUGGGUGAACUUUACAUCAUACCUGGCAAACCUCACCGACAAGGGGAGCAAGGUUCGUUUAGACCAUAGCAUCUCUAUUGAUGACUUAAUUGGAAAUGUAAAUUUGACAAAGUUCUACCGAUACAUGGGUUCCCUGACAACGCCUGCUUGCAACGAAGCAGUUGUGUGGACAAUCUUUCAUGAGCCAAUCCACGUCAACACUGAACUGAUGAAGAUGUUCUCUAAUCAAACAGGAUAUUUCAAUGUGUAUCGACCCACACAGCCCCGUCAUACCAGAACAAUCCUAACUACAGCUGGCAGCGUUCGUGGGAAAAGUGGAUCUGUAGCCAGUACUCCUCGACAUCUGUUAUGGUUUCUGCUGCUGAUGGAGUGGUUUAAAGUUGUUGCGUUUGUUGUGUGCGUCCUACCCACCGCUCACUGCGCAUCGGACGCUAUAGUCUGGUGUUAUCACCUCCCAUCCUGCAAUGACACAACCUGGUCAAAGGUUUCCCCCCACUAUUGCAGCGGCAGUCGACAGUCACCCAUUGACAUCGUCUCAGCAUCAGCCACACCGAACAACAAACUAACUGAAUUCACUUUUGUAAAGUAUGAUGACACCUCCGCAAUGACAUCCAUAGAAAAUACUGGCGACACAGUCAAAGUGACCCUUAACAGAGGAGUUAGGAUUUCAGGAGGGGACCUGUCCGAGCAAUACGACACCCUGCAGUUUCACUUGCACUGGGGCAACGGCUCCUCUGUGCCCGGCUCAGAGCACACAGUGGAUGGAAAGCGCUAUCCUAUGGAGCUGCAUAUUGUGAACAGCAAGUCAUCCUACAGUGGGAAUACAAGUCUAGCCGUCAAAGACUCCACCGGACUCGCAGCUCUUGGUUUCUUCAUUGAGGUAAUGCCAGGCAACUCAACUGGCCAGCCACAGAGCUGGCGCAAUUUGACCUCUUACUUGGCCAACAUCACACAAAAAGGCCAGAAAGUUUCCAUUGCUGCCGGGUUUUCCCUGGACGACCUGCUCGUUGGUGUGAAUCGCACUAAGUAUUACCGCUACCUCGGAUCCUUGACAACCCCCGCUUGUAAUGAGGCGGUGGUCUGGACCGUUUUUAAGGAACCAAUUAAAGUCAGUAAAGAUCUGGUAGCAAGUAAGCAGCGUGCAUCAGUUGAUGCCAGCCCUUAUAGUAAUGAGCUGACGUUAGUAGUUACAUGGAACAGGGUUGACAUUGCCAAAAGUGAACUCUUCAAUGGCGACAAUGGCAAGGACACUAAAGUGGCCCUCCAAUGA